AUGUGUACCCUUCUUCCUGAUUCUCAUUUUAAUUGCUUUAUCUAUCUAUCUAUCUAUCUAUCUAUCUAUCUAUCUAUCUAUCUAUCUAUCUAUCUAUGCAUCACAAUCUGUUCAUAUCUAUCUAUGCAUCAUAAACUGUUUCUAUCUAUCUAUCUAUCUAUCUAUCUAUCUAUCUAUCUAUCUAUCUAUCUAUCUAUCUAUCACAGUCUGUUCACAUCUAUCUAUCUAUCUAUCUAUCUAUCUAUCUAUCUAUCUAUCUAUCUAUCUAUCACAGUCUGUUCACAUCUAUCUAUCUAUCUAUCUAUCUAUCUAUCUAUCUAUCUAUCUAUCUAUCACAUUCUGUUCAUAUAUCUAUCACAUUUUGUACAUAUAUUUAUCACAUCCUGUUCAUCUAUCUAUCUAUCUAUCUAUCUAUCUAUCUAUCUAUCUAUCUAUCUAUUGCAGUUCUUUUCAUAUCAUUCUAUCGGUCUGUUCAUAUCUAUCUAUCUAGCUAUUUCAUCUGUUUAUAUCUAUCUAUCUAUCUAUCUAUCUAUCUAUCUAUAUCUAUCUAUCUAUCUAUUUCUAGUCUUUUCUCAUCUGCCUCAGUCCUAUCAUCAUUAUUUCGCUGUCUCAUUAAUUAAAAGAGAUUUCAUUCAGUCCCAUUUAUUCUGUCUCUACUGCGACAGUUUGUUUAUAGCUCAAACUGUAAACAGUUUAUUCUUUUUCAAACACUGA